AUGGAUAGCUCCAACGCCUACGAUCGUUUGCAAGAAAUGAAGGCCUUCGACAAAUCUAAAUCCGGUGUUAAAGGCCUGGUUGAAUCAGGAAUCACGAAAUUUCCUCGAAUUUUCAUACGGCCACCGGAGGAGAUCGCCGACGACGAAGGUCUCCGGAGUGAAAGAGGUCAGACCCAGUUCAAGUUUUCGGUGAUAGAUCUCAAAGACAUGGUCGCCAAUGGAGGGGAUCGUGUUGAUGAUGAUGUGGUCAGCAAAGUCUGGUGUGCUGCCGAGACAGUGGGGUUUUUUCAGGUGGUGAAUCAUAGGAUAACCACAAAGCUGCUGGAGGAGAUGCUGGCGGCGGCGCGUGAGUUCCACAAGGUGCCAAAAGAGGUGAAGAUGGAGUACUACGGCAGGGAGGAGAAGAGGAAGGCUUCGGAAAAGAAGUCUUCCAACCCAAUGAGGAAAAUCAAAGUCCAGAAGCUCGGGGUUACUAGAAAUGCUAAGGGGCAUAUUGAUCUUGGAAUCAAGUAUGUUAUAAGUAUCAUGAUAUUCUUCCAGAAUUUUAUGACUCAGUUAAGUGGUCAGAGCUUUGUUAUUAAGGACGAAAGGCUCUUAUGGGACCACCAAUAA